AAGCUACACGAAGAAGACACCGUAGCUUUGCGCCAACUAAUAACGUCCUUUCUCUUCAGUGUAUACGGAAGUAAACAAUGACCAAGAACAAUUUACACAUUAGCGUUUUUACAUUCUUGAUAUUUAGACAUUUAGAAACACCAUGGAACUCAAAAUAUGGCUAAUUUAACUGCACAGCAUCACAUACCCCAUGUAUUAUUUAAUUCGUGUUAGAGACAGGACUUGGUUGGUAGAUGUUAUAUAGGUUACGCUAGCUGCUAACAAUGGCUAACUGUAUGGUUUUUCACACUCAAAUAGCCUCCAUCAUGGAGGUGCUAGCGAAUGCAGCAGUGGCAGAGAUCUGUAAACUCGUAGACGACGACUACGCAGUGUUUCGUUUGGAAAUAACUCAAAGCCAGAAAGAAAACAGGGCGUUACGGAGGAAACUACUGGAAAUGAAGGUGUCACGGGAGCGCGCAGAGAGGACAAUGCGAGAGCGCGUCCUCGCCAGUCGUCCCAGAAGUGUCAAGCUCCUCGACCGAUACAGAGGAAUAUCAAGAGGUGAAGGACAUCUCCCUGGAGGCCACAGGACUAUUGUGAAGCCAGUGGGACACAAUACAUGGAGAGAUGACCAACCAAUCACUGUUGAUGAGGGGAGUGGAACCUCAACCCAGCACGUUAUCAUGAUAGAGUCUGUAGAUGGAGAGGCUGCAGGUCCUGGAGGAUCGUCUCUGGUCAAGCAGGAGAGGACUGAAGGAGAAGAGGAUCCACGGCACAGUAGAGACAUCCAGACUGUAGCCACGGGGGACCAAUCCAACACCGCCAUGCCCCAGCCCAGGACCAGACGCAGCAUCACAGAGUUCAGUGAAACGCCGAACGCCAUCCUAAAGUCAGAGACAGACAAAGAGACUUUAACUGUAACAAAAAGGCUUUUACACACAGGAUCUGACCACAGGUCAGACCCAGAGAGGCUGGGGCCACUGGGCUGUCCUCCUGCUCCUGGCUCAGAGUAUUUACCAGUAUUUCAUCAGAGCCAGAGUAAGGAUCAUUCAUGUGGAGAUGGUGAUGGUCCCACGUUAGACAAUGGCAGUGAUGAUCCGUCUUGUUCUUACGCUACAGAGAUGGACCCUGACAACAUGCUCUUGGGUUUAGAGAGACAGACUGAUCUGUCUAGAGGACACUGGAAUCAGUACAGUAGUAGUGUAUACUCUGAAGGGUGCCUAGAUAAGAAAGGAGAGGGUCUGGUUGUAGAUGAAUUGACUGUGAAAGUGGAGGGCGACGCCCCUCCCACAUGGAAUGGAGAUGGUCACCUUGGAGAUGGACACUCACAGGGCAGAGAUUUCUUAGAUUACAGGGAAAGCUUGGAGACAAAUUCACUUGUCGCGACCCACUCCACUUUACACGCAUUCAGGGAUCGCGACCCAGUGUCCACGUCGAUGGGGCCUUCCGAUUCACAUGGCCGUGUUCUUUUUGAUCAGAAAUUGAACUCAAACAACAGGGCUAGAGACCAGGCUCAGGGAGAGGAAGCCACAUCAGGAAAUAGUAAAGAGAAACGGUUCCUCUGCAUGUUCUGUAACAAAGGCUUCAGCUGCCUCCAGAAGGUGGAGAUCCACCAGAGGGUCCACACAGGGGAAAAACCUUUCAGCUGUACCCAGUGUCAUAUGCGCUUUGCCCAGACUGGUGACCUGAAGAGGCACCAGAGGGUCCACACAGGGGAGAAACCAUUCGGCUGCCACCUGUGCCGGGCUAGUUUCUCCCACUCCUCAAGCCUGAAAAGGCACCAGAGGGUCCACACAGGGGAGAAACCCUACAGCUGCCCCCAGUGUGAGAAAAGGUUCUCCCACCAGCACCAUUUGAAGAUGCACCUGAAGGUCCACACGGGAGAGAGGUCGUUUGCCUGUACGCACUGCGGGAAAAGUUUCUCCGAGAGGAGCUACCUCAGGAUACACCAGCAGAAAAAACAUUCCACUCUAUAACGUAGAAAGUAACCAUUCCACUCGAUAGCUUCUGAUGUUUAGAUCAAACUCUGCAUUAAAGACAAAGAUGAAUUUAUUGUUGUCAGCAGAAAAGACCCAGAGAUGCAUUUGUUAUAACGAGAGUUACAGAUUUCAGUGUUGAAUAUUCCUGAGUAGAAUAUUACAUCCAGACAUGGUGUGAUAUUUAAGGCAUAUACAAUGCCUUUGGAAAGUGUUCAGACCCCUUGACUUUUUCCACAUUUUGUUUCAUUACAGCCUUAUUCUAUAAUGGAUUAAAUAAAUAAAAAAUCCUCAGCAAUCUACACACAAUACCCCAUAAUGCGAAAAACAGGAAUACCUUAUUUACAUAAGUAUUCAGACCCUUUGCUAUGAGAAAUUGAGCUCAG